AUGGAGUUUGUGAAAAAUGUUAUGAAUGCUAUGAAACAAAAUUACGCCAUUAUCAGCGAACAAUUAAUUGAAAACCAAAAUACCAAAACAGCUCACCUCGUUGCAAGAACACAAGAAUACAAAAAUGUCAUCAAAUCAUUGAAGGCAAAAAUCUCUCGACGAGAUACUACAAUUAAGAAUUUCGAAUUAAUUGAAGAAAAAGAUCAAAAACAUUAUUUGGUAGAACUUCUCUCGAUUGCGCUAGAAGAAGGAAAGUUACAUGAAACCCAGUUCUUUUAUCAAUUAUUAGAAAAUACUUUGCAAAAUUUGGUUUCGUCGAAAAAUGUUAACGGUUUUCGAUACAAAGAGUGUAUCAUUCAUUGGUGUUUAUUACUUCGAUUUUAUGGUGGUUCUCGUUUGUGGAAUAUUUUGAAAGGAAAUUCUCCCGGUGAAACUAUAACAUCUGAAAACGCAUUAGAUAAGCUUAAUCUAUUACUUCCAUCUAUCUCAACAAUUAAGAGCUAUCUUCCAGACUUGUCUUUUGGUAACCUUGUCGACAGUGAUUUGAAAGAUAUUGUUAAAGCCAUGGCAUUGAAUAAUAUUAGUAAUAAGAUCAUAAUUUCAUAUGAUGAAAUAGAGAUUAGAGGAGGAUUAUGUGUGAUGAAAAGUACUGGAAAAGUAAUUGGAUUCACAAAUUGCAAUGAAAAGUCGUUUGAAGAUAUAUAUAACGCAAAAAGAGAAAUUACACCAGACGAUAUUGCUAGUCAUGUGUGCCAGUUUUUUGCAACAACUAUUGACGGUGAGAUGUCUUUUCCUAUUUGUUUUGGUGGUCACGAAUCAAACCAUUAUGAAUUUAUUACAAAGAAAAUGACAGAAAUUAGAGAUCAAUUCAAACGAACUUCUUAUGGAGAUUAUGUUUUAGAAGUGGUUAGAGGUUGUAGUGAUGGAUUAGCUGGUAAUUAUCAAUAUGCAACCUCUCAUACUAAUGAAAAUUAUGUUCACCUUUUUGAUUGGUCUCAUUUGCUCAAACGGUUGAGAAAUUGUUUAUUGAAAGGGGAUGAUUUGAUUAUUGAAAAAGAGAGUUUUUCUAUGAAUACAUUAUUGAAGGUUAGAAAUGAACCCCAAUUGCGAGACUGGGUAUCGGAAAAUAUAAUUUACCCAGUCGACAUUAUGAAAAUGGAACCUGUUUUUGCAUUGAUAGAUUCUAAUGUUAUUAGUGGAAUUGAACAAAGCAAGCAAAUAGGAUGUUGUGCAUUAGCAAAAUAUUUAACGUUAAUGCAACAAAUACAUCAAAUUUUUGACGAUGAACGAUGUUCAAACUGGAAUGAGAAAAAACAAUUAAUUGAAUCUGUACUGACAACACUUAAGGAAUGGAAAGAUGCAAAUUCUAACAUCAUUAGUGACGAAUUGUAUUCUCAUAUUGUGAUGACUAUGACUUCACUUCGUUCUCUUUUUGAAAAAUAUGGAAACCAUACUCAAAUUAAGGCUUGUGGAAUUUCGACAUUAAUUGUUGAACUUUUUUUUCCUUAA